UAAAAAAAAUUCCAGCAAUUGAAUUAAUUCAGCCGCGACUUGCAGAUGUCAGUGCAGUAGAUUCAAAAACCCGAUCUAUAAUCCAGAAAGUUAUCAAGUAUGUGGUAUGUGUAUGUAACGUACACCUUUCUCCAGUACAAAUCCUACAUCGUCUGAAAGGCAUUCUUAUGUAUUUCGAGUCUUGACAUUCCUUAAUAUAACAUAAUCCAACUAGUACCUAAAACUCAUCAAUAACAACAACUAAAAGUCAAUAAAACAAAUACUGUCCCUACAGAUUUUAAAAUCAUUGUCUUCGCGAGUUUAAACGAAAAAAUACUGUAAACAAUAAUUAUCAAUCAUCCAUAACAUCCAUCAAGUGUGAAGUAAUAUCUUAUAUUAUUUUAUUUAUUUACUUACGUGUAUGUGAAGUGGCAAAAUGGCUUGUGUUUGUUAAUUAUCAUCACCGUCAUCAUUAUAUAUAUAACUAUUUCAUUUCAAGUUACCAUUGAAUCGACACUUGAAGAUUUAAAUGGUUGAUUAAAAAUAAAAUAAUUACUUAUAAUAAUAAUACUUAAAAUAAAUAUAAAAAUAUAACAUCCGUUUGAAUAACCGCGAAAACCUCAGUGACAUAUUUUUUCAAUUUAUAAAUACAAUUGUCAGUUGUCAGUUUUUUAUUGUCAAGUAAAGUUAUUAUUUAUUUUUGACUAAAAAAUGAAAGUACUCGACUAAAAAAUUAAAGAUGUAAAGGAACUCAUGUGCUCGACUUGCCAAAAAGUUCGGGCUAAAAGUGGUAUUAUAUGGUACAAGUUGGUUAAAUAAUAAUCUACAGUCACGCAAUACCCUCACGAGAAAGUAUGAAGCACGUACCAGCAAUCUAUCUAGGAUCCACGGCGAUAGAUCGCCGAUUUAGCAGCCCGAUGUUGCCAUGGAUCACGAAAGAAAUAAAACGCCGAAGUAAUCACGAGAGGGUAAAUCUGUUGGUAGCGUCAGGAUACAUAUCCGCAUACACAAAUGACAAGGAGCAGCCUUUGUUUAGGCACUCGCUAACAGGUACCUCGAAGCCGCAACCGCUUUCAGCGAAUUCCCAAGACUCCAAGGGUGGCAAUUUCCUCUACCUUAUUAAAGGAGAUGACGGACUCUAUUAUUAUCAUCUCUUCAAGGUUGAGAAUGCGGAGACUGUACAAGAAUUAUUUAGCGCAAUGAAAGAACAGUCGUCAGUGACGCGGCCCGACAGGGACCGUGAUCUCCAGAGAUCAAAUAGCAGUGCAGCUGCACUGAGCAUUGGCGCGGACAUAUCGCCAAGUUCUUCGCACUUCUUCGAAGUACUUUACGUGGGUAAAAUUAAAUUAUCACAUCAGAAAGUACCAGAGACAUUUAUCGACGAUGCUAUGGUCAAGUUCAGAGCCCAUGGUCUUGAAAAGUCCAAGUCUACGGUCAGUAAUUUGCUUGCUGAGUGUCAGCAGUUGAAAAAUCCACCGACCAGCAGCGAUUCAAAUGAAAACCGACGUAACAGCGGCGACUCGGUGACGAGCGAGCUCGGGAGUACGGACAAUGUAUUGGGAAAUGGAAGCAUAAUUUCGCCAUCGACGCCUCUGGGAAUGGCGGUGCCACUAGGAGGCUCGGUGGAGUCUCUCCCGGUGCCUGCUAGCAAGGACGAGGGACAGGAAAGCGAACAGAGUCCGGCGAAAAAAGGCCGCUCGACAAUGCCACCGCCAGAAAUGAUGAGAAGUAGAGCGGCUUCUACUGGAAGCGUGCUGGGACCGAGGAGAGAGUCGUCCAAAGGAAACGAGGAUCACAAUCGCACUAUGCUGUUUCAGGUCGGACGGUAUGAUUUGCGACUUAUUAGUCCUGAUAGAAAGCAAGUUUUGUUUCACAAACAGCUUAAAGACAUCGCGAGCUGCGUUCAAGGCUUGAAGAAUCCAGAACACUUUGGUUUUAUUUGCCGUGAAGUUAACACUGAUGGAUUUGUUGGGUAUAUAUUCAAGUGCCAGUCGGCUUCUGUUGCUGAUGAUUUAGUUGGUGCCAUAACACAAGCGUUUAUAGCAACAUGUCACGGCAAUAGUACAAAAAAAGAGCGUCACCAAGUAUUCUCAUGCGAGCACUGUCCCAUGGUCUGGUACAACAAACUCUGCCAGGAGAUAGAAGGUCAGAACGACCGCCGCGUCCAGUCAAUAAUAUUCUCACGUCUCGAGAUGUUGCCCGAAGAUGAGCAAGAAAUAGUCGUCACUAAGUACAAGGGUGCCGAGACAGCGGGUGGUUCUGGCCGCGAGUUCAGUCUACGUGAGCAAAAUCAAUUCCUCAUGCUGCUGCUUCGCGCCCACUGCGAGUCCAAGCAGACUCGACACGUCCACGACACCGCCGAAAAUCGAAGUGAAUUUUUGAACCAGUACUUGAGUGUCGGUGUCGGCAGCACCAUUUUCAUGAAGGCCAAGCGCUCUUUGACAAACAGCUUCGAUCACUUGAUGAAGCGCAAGGGCUCCCGUGACGAUUUCAAUCUCGCGGGUCAUCACAUUCGCGAGACGACUCCAUUGUCCAGAAGCGAACGUCAAAGUCCCGUCGGGUUGAGCAGUAACUCGAUUUCUGAUGUCAGUCCAGAUUCUAGUCGACCUCGUUCGUUGAGAGUUUCACCGGAGCAACAAUUAGUUGUCAAUACUGGACCCAAGAGUCCAAUGAUGGACAUAUUUCUAAAAGUGGGAAAUUCACCGAAAAUGUCACCAACUGAAUCUGAAGACAACAGCGGCCGCGUUCAAUCGAAUAGUUCCUGGCGCCAAGCGAUUUUAAACCGCGUGGUGACACCUGGCAAAGACCAAGACGUCAGAGACGGCGACAACACCCACUCGGGUAUAAAAGCAACUCAAUCAGCGCCAGCAGUAAAACGAACACGAGAAGAAUUGCGCGAGCUCUGGAAGAAAGCAAUAAAUCAACAGGUGAUUCUCAUAAGAAUGGAGAAAGAAAACACGCGAUUACGUGUCCGCCAAGAAGAAGCGACUGUUAAACGCGUGAAGCUGGAGUACGAUGAGCUAAGCAGCUGUGCCAGGGAGUUGAUUGACGUCUGGGAUCUGUUGGUGAGUAAGCAGUCCCGAAUAUCGACCAAGUGCGACAGUAAAAUGCUCCUCCAAGCAAUUAAACAAGGAGUCCCGCGAGGUAAGCGUGGAGAAGUCUGGCAAUUUUUGGCGGAACAAUUCUGUCUCAAUCAGCCGCCAAUUGACACCCAGGAGUUUCCUAAUUACAAUACGCCCUAUGAUUUAUUACUAAAGCAACUGACCUCACAGCAGCACGCGAUUCUGAUUGACUUGGGACGAACGUUUCCAAACCACCCGUACUUCAGUUCAGCUCUAGGUCCAGGACAACUUGCGCUGUUUAAUUUACUGAAGGCUUACUCUCUACUAGACCACGAAGUAGGUUACUGUCAGGGUCUGAGCUUCGUCGCCGGAGUCCUUCUACUCCACAUGUCCGAGGACCAGGCGUUCUUUCUGCUGCGUCACCUGAUGUUUCGCCGCGGGCUCCGGAAACUUUAUUUACCGGACAUGGCUGCUCUGCAACUGCAUCUCUACCAGCUCUCGCGUCUCCUCCAUGACCGUCUGCCCUCAGUGUACAGUCACUUUGACAAGCACGAAGUAUCUCCGACUCUCUACGCGGCUCCAUGGCUGCUAACUCUCUUCGCAAGUCAAUUCCCUCUGGGAUUCGUCACCCGGGUCUUUGAUUUGCUUUUCCUCGAAAGCUCUGAAGUUAUUUUCCGUGUGGCUCUUGCUCUGCUCGAGGAGAACCAGGACCAGCUGCUACUCUGCGACAGUUUUGAAGAAAUAAUGGAGUACUUGAAGUUAAAAGUACCAGCGGUAGACAAAACGAUGCUCGACCGCGUUAUGAAACACGUCUUUUUACCCGACACUGAAAUUUCUCGUCAGUUAAACGAGUACCGAGUCGAAUACCAGGUCCUACAAGAAGAAAUGCUGUCAGUGAAGCCGCAAAUUGAGAACAUUGAGAAGCUGGAGCUCUUGAACAAGCAGCUGGUCCAGCAGAACAGUCACCUCACGUCCCAAUUAGAAGUCGCGGUAAAUAAUUUACAGCGCAUGGAAAACAACAGUCUCCAAAGAUCUAUCAAUCAGUCAUCGCUUCACAAACUUGAGUCCCAGAACCGGAGCUUGGAGGUGACUGUGAUGACUCUGGGGUCUUUUAUCCAGCAGUUGAUUGAAACCCGUACUGAUAUUGAAGUUCCUGGAGACGUAAGACGUAUUCUAGGACAACUGAGUCUUGCCCAGAGACGUAACAACAGCGGGUCGAUGUCUGGUUCCAGUGCCCGGUUGUUUCCUCUUAAAAUAAUUGAGGACAACAACAAUCGGUAUGAACCCAUGAAGAGUAAUUCGACUGGCGGUGGACGCGGUAACGAAUUGCUGAGUAAAAAUUUGUUGAAGAACACAAUGGAACCUCCGUAUCCAUUAAAAUCAGCACUUAGUCAGCCUAAUUUAGGUACAAAAUUAGAAAAAAUGUCAUCGUUUUUUGCCAACUCGCACAAUCAUAUCCGUCAGCAACGGGCACAAAUAGCGGCGAUGCGUAACAAUGAUGGAUUAACGAACAUUAAUAAUAGUAUUAAUAUAAAUAAUAAUAACAACAACAACAAUAUGAAUAAUUUGAAUAACAAUAAUGAUGAAAAUGAUCCAAAGACGGUAAAUAUUGACAUCCAAGUGACGGACACAGUCGUCGGCGGUACAAAUGACAGCAGCGUGAUACAGAGCGAGGGGAAUAAGAAGAUCGACUCGAUUGGGGGACUAGAAAAGUCAAGCUCGCUGCCACUCAACGCCAGGAUGAAGUUAAAACCCGCAAAGUCGGCGUACGAGCUGGGCUCGAUAAGAAAAAUUCCGACCACCAGACUCGAGGACACCGACUGCGUGGGCAGUUUGGUGGGCACUGUUCACCCACUGGACACUUGCAGUGACGUUAACUUCAAAUACGGGGGAACUACGAAAUUAAAGUCCAUAAGACCUGUCAGGAUCACUCCGGCGAUGGCGCUGACGACGAUGGCUGAGAACCAGGGCCAGAGUUUGGAGACUAUUGGUAACAGUGAGAUAAAUGCGUCGGAAAUAAUUACCAGAUAACGGAUGAUAACUAUUUCUGAGGAGUAAUUUUUAUUUAUUUAUUGAUAAGAGCUUUUUUUUAUUUAAUCUUAAGGUUUAUAUGGAGGAUCUAGUGAUUUUUAAGUAGAAUUUGUGUGUAAGAAAUAUCAGUGGUUUUAAGGUUGGUCAUAAAAAUUUUCUUUUAUUAUUUUUUUUAAUAAUUUAUAGUUAUAGUUUUAGGAAAAAUGUAAUUAUGCAGGAGAAGGAACAUUAAUUUAAUUAUUUAUUGAUUAUUGAUCGAAUUAAAAAAUAGUCUAGGGUGUAGUCUAUUUAUAGACAGUAAAAAAAAUAUAUUGAGCGUUUUUUUUUUAAUGAUUUUUAGUUAAAUUUUUUAAAAUGAUAAAUUUAAAAAUUAUUUUUUCACUUAAUAAUUUAAUUUUAGUUUUAAUUUAUUGAUUUAAAAAUAAUUUAAGAAAUUUUUUAUGACCAAACAUGAGUAAUGUCUUCGUUUAAUUAUAAAAAUUGAAAACUUAUUUUUUAAAAUAUUAUAAAUAUAUUGGAUGACUUUUUUUUUACAAAAAAAAAAGAAACAUUUAUUUUGACAAAUUAAAAUAUCAGUAAAAUAGAAUUAAAUCAAACGGCAAUGGCCUAUAAUUACAAUUAAUUUUUUUAAAAAAAAGUGCGUCCAAUAAAUUUAUUAGAAAGUAAUCAUAGAAUUAAAAUUAAUUAGACUUAAAAUCAGUCUUUUAUAAAAUUAAUUAAGAAUAUACAUCAGAAAUUUUUUUUUAAUCAGUAUUCUCCAUAAAAAAAAUAAUACCGGCCUUCUAGGAAAUUAAAUAUUCGAAUGUCAAUUUUAACAGUAAUAAAUAAUUAAUAAUUAAUAAUUAAAUCGCACAAAAUGUCCGUAAGAAAUAUAAAAUCAAUGAGAUUUUAUUUUUAAAAAAAAGUUAGCAGUGUCAAUAAAUUAAAGUCUUGCCGUAAUUACGUAGCUAAUUUUUCGUUUGAUGUUUAAUUAAUUGAUUAAUUAAACUAAAAAAAAACUCCUACAGCAGUGUGCCAAUGACUAAAAACAACAGAUGAUUAUUUACACAAAUAUUAAAAUAUUUACAGUAUAUAUAUAUAUUUACAUAUAAAAGAAAUAGUUAAUUGUUAACCGGGGACAAUAGUCAAGAUUAUAACGUAAAUAAAUAUAUAAAUAUAUAUAAAAUAUAUGUAGUUACCAUUUAAAGAGGCGAAGUACUGCCAAAUAAAAUAAUUAGGUACUUACUUUUGUUAAAUUACAAACUUACUUAGUAGUACAAACAAAUAUAUAUAUUUAGUAUUGAAAAAAUUUACUAAACAUUACGUAAAUUUGGUUAUUUUUAUUUUUAAUUAUUUUUGCUUGGUGUAAUUUUAUCUUAAAGACUGGAAAAUAUGUUAAAUUUCGGCUUGUCUUAUUUUUUGCAACACGUGCUUAGAAAGUUGUCUUUACCGCACUGCAAAUGUGACGAUAAAUCUUUUAUUGCACGCUGAUGGUAACGCAGAACUCCACUUUGCUGAUUUAGUGACGUCAUGCGCAUGUAAAAAUUUUUUUUCGCACGUACUGACUUACCGACUGGUAAAUUUUGACGUUUUACCAACGGAGUCAGCUUUAACCUCCGAGUUUUCUGUGAAAAGCUGGAGGUUAUGUCGGAAAUGUUUUUUGUUUUUUACAGAAACAUAUAUUUAGUGCACAAGGGUACUAGAUAUAUAAUAUACUAAAAUAUACAACAGUAUUUAAAUUUAUACCGUCUGAUAAUUGGUACAUUAAUCACAUGUUUACUAUAAAAUAUAUAGAGUUGAUAAGAAAAAUUAAUGAGUAUUUUUAAUUAUAUUAUUUGUGAUAAAAAUUUGAAAAAUUAAUUUUAUUUAAAAAAAAAAUUUGUGAGAUUUAUUGAGAGAAAAAAUAAAAUUAUGAAUUUGAAAAUAAAAAUUGCCAAAACUGGUUUCAUUUAAAAAUUUAAAAAAGUCGAUUUUUUAGUAAAAUAUUUAAAAUAAUUGAGUGCUUUUUUAGAGAUAAAUUCAAAAAAUUAAAUUUUGCUUUGUUUUGAUAUCUCUUAAUGUGAGCUAGUGUACUGAAGAAUGUUUUGUAUAAUUUUUUUUGCAAGUAAAUUUAAGUUACGUAAUUAAAAAAAUAAUGAAUGUAAUACUUGUAUUUCGGUACGUAAAUGUAUGAAUAAUGAGUAUGUUAGAUUUUUUUUGUUUAGCUGAGGUUUUGUUAAAUAAAACCACAGCUUAAUUAUUAGGCCAGUGUACUCGGUAGUUUUUAGUUACAAAUGGUAAUGUUUAAUUAUGAUACAUAGUAAUAAUCACUGGUUUAUUAAUUGUAAUAAAUAAAUAAAUAAAUUAAUUAAAUUAUAGUCAUAAAUGUAUGAUAUGUAAAUACGUUGAUAUCCUUGUAUGUUUGACAAUUUAAUGGAUAAUGUGAAUCUGAA